AUGGGUGAUAAGCCGUUACCGUCCUCGUUUGACGACGACCCAGACUUUUUCCAGGACAGUGCCUGGAAGAAGCUGGGUCGGCGAUUGAAAGAAGAGCCUCUGGUUCCUCUAGGAAUCGGUGCAACCUGUUAUGCUCUGUUUCGUGCAUACCGAUCUAUGAAGAUGGGCGACUCCGUACAAGUCAACCGCAUGUUCCGCGCCCGUAUAUACGCACAAGCAUUCACUCUACUUGCCGUCUGCGCCGGCAGUGUAUAUUACAAAACAGAGCGGGACCAGCGAAAACAGUUAGAAAAGGCCAUGGACUUAAAGAAACAGCAGGCGAAGCGGGAUGCCUGGCUGAAGGAAUUAGAGAUAAGAGAUCAGGAGGAUAAAGACUGGCAGAGCAGACAUGCCACCAUUGAACAAGCUGCAAAGGGAGUUGAAGUGAAGCCCUUGGUGGCUGACUCGGCGCCGGAUGCCGCAGGUCGUGAAAUCCCAGAGGAAUCAGCGAAGGAAUCCGGUGACAGCAAGGAUGGGGCCUCAGGCGGUGUACUUUCGGCUGUGAAAAAUUUAUCAUGGGGCUCAAAGUAA